UUUAAAAAAAAAACAAAUCCCUAAAUCAAGAACUCGGAGCCCAGAAAUCCUUCCGAAUUUGAAAUCCGUCGGCAAUUGUUUUUUCAUCUUCUUUCGUAUUUUGGUAACUCUUCCCAGAUUUGUCAACCUGCCUGUUCGAUCCCAACCUUUGUCUUGUGUUCUUUUUUUCUCUCUCACCCGGGUCGCGUGAGUUCGCACGUGCGACAUCGGCUGUUCUCCGACUCCGCUGCCCUUUCUUCGUCAUCUCGUGCAAUCGAUCAUCGUAAUCUGCAUCAGAGAUUCGUAUCUGUGACUUAGUGAAGGCGGAAUUUCUCUGGGUUCUGCUCUUUUAUGCGAAAGGUUGUUCCUUUGCAUGCCUUCUCCUUGGUUGGAGGAUUGUUUGGGGCUUUGUUAAGUGUAUGUGCUAAGUUCGUGCUGCUAUACUGAUAGCAUCAGAAGAGUAAUUGAGAGCAGUGAGAUGAGCUUUGGGUGUAGCGACUGUUCGAGGACAGCAAAGUUAUGCAGUGCUUGUUAGUGUUAGUCACAGGAAGGAAUAGGAGAAGAAGACGGACAUUGAAGAGGUAAUAUGAAUGUUCAGGCUCAUAUGUCGGGGCAGAUAUCUGGGCAGGUUCCGAACCAGGGGACAAUGACCCAGCAGAACGGGAACUCCCAAAUGCAGAAUUUAGUUGGAGGUUCUGCUCCUACUGGUGCUGGUGUAGGGCCUGGACGCAGCACUGUCAUUCCCAUGGACCAUGAAAUUUUGAAACUUAGACAGUACAUGCGAAGCAAAAUCUUCAACAUUUUACAGCAACGGCAGCCAUCUCCAGCAGAUGAUGCAUCAAAGGCAAAGUAUAUGGAUGUUGCUAGACGCCUAGAGGAGGGCCUUUUUAAAAUGGCUGUCACUAAGGAGGAUUACAUGAACCCACAAACAAUAGAAUCUCGGCUGACAAGCCUAAUCAGAGGCAGGCAGUUGAAUAACUACAAUCAGCGACAUGCUAAUUCUUCUUCCUCUGUUGCAACGAUGAUACCUACUCCUGGAUUACCACACAGUGGGGGGAAUCCAAGUAUGAUGGUUACUUCAUCCGUAGAUACCACCUUGGCUGGCAAUAAUAACAUCACAACAUCAGCUUUGAACAAUGGAAGUCUAUUAUCUGCAAGCGGCAUGCACAGAGGAAAUCUAUCUAAUGGAUACCAGCAGUCAUCAGGCAACUUCGCUCUUGGUACUGGUGGGAACAUGGCAUCCAUGGGUGUGCAAAGAAUGCCUAGCCAGAUGAUUCCUACUCCAGGAUUUGUAAACAGCAAUGGUCAUAACAAUGGCAACAGUAAUAGCCAGCCGUACAUGAGUGUUGAAACUUCCAACAGCAAUGGUGGGUUUUCUGCUGUUGAGCCUACAAUGGUACCUCCACCGCAGCAGCAACAAAGACAACAGAUUGGUAGCCAAAUGGGUGCUGGGUUUAGGCCGAGCAUGCAACAAAAACCACCUGGCGUGGCGAAUAGCUCCUUGAAUGGUGGCAUAGGGAUGAAUUCGAAAAGUGUAGAUUCAGUUCUGUCUUUCCCCAACUCCCCCAGAAAUUUGCAUCAGGGUUUUGAUAACCUUCAACAUUCGGGAAUGCAUGGUGAUGGAUAUGGCAUAACCAAUCCUGAACCUUUUGGAUCUGGAAAUUUCUAUGGAGCUGUAGCAUCUGCCGGGACAAUGACAACCACUCAGAACAUCAAUACAUCAACUUCGCAGUCUGUGUCUACAACCAAUUCUUCCCUGCCGCGUCAACAGCAACAAUUUCAUCACCAGCCAAAUCGAUUUCAGCAACAGUCUAAUCAGUUUCAACAGCAGCAAUUUCUUCAUCAACGCCAACUGAAGCAGCAGAGCCAGCAGCAACAAAGGUUUACGAGCAAUGAUGUUUCUGGGCAGCGUCACAUGGCUUCUGACCGGGUUACUCAUGUGAAACAUGAACCUGGGAUGGAGAACCAGAGUGAAGUUAUGCACUCCCAAGCAUCUGAGCAAUUGCAAUUAUCUCAGUUCCAGAAUCAGUUUCAGAACUCUGUGGAAGAGCGUCCUGCUGGUACUCAGCUUCUCUCUGUUUCAACAAGUCAGAAUGAUAUUCGCAUAUCUCUUCCUCAAAGUACACAACAUGUUCAGCCGAUGUUGCAUCCACAGAAUAUGGGCUCAGACUCUAUUAACAGUUUUAGCAACCUUCCAGUUCCACAAAAAUCAGAAUCAGGUAUGCAGGGUCAGUGGCAUUCCCAGUCACAAGAAAAUGGUCAGGUGUCUUGUAGUAUGUCGAAUGAACGACAUAUUCUUGAGGAUUUUCGUCAAAGAACGUCCGGAAUGGAUGAAGCUCGACCCAACAAUCUGUUUUCGGAAGGGUCCAUUGUUGGACAAGGCAAUGCUUCUGGUACUGCAUCUGAAUCUCACAAUUCACAAAAUCCUAGUGGUCCCACAUGUAGAUAUGGAAGCAUAAAUCAAGAUCCCAGGUUCAAAAAUCAAAAGAGAUGGCUCCUAUUUCUGCGUCAUGCACGCUCCUGCAAAGCGUCUGAAGGGAAGUGCCCAGACAAGAACUGCAUUACUGUUCAGGAGUUAUGGAGACACAUGGAUAGUUGUAAUGUAUCUCGAUGCCAGUAUCCUCGUUGCCAUUCCUCAAAGUCAUUGAUUAAUCACCACAAGAAUUGCAAGGAUUCCCGGUGCCCUGUCUGUAUUCCUGUGAAAACCUACUUGCAGCAUCAGGCAAAUGCACGUGUCGUUGCCCGUUUAAGAAAUGGAAACGGAGCAGCAGUCACUGUAAACGUAGGUGGAAUAUCAAAUGAUUCAGGACAUGUAUCUGCUGGAUCAAUUUCUGCUACUUCACCUAGUGCUGAUAUCUCAGACAAUCUGCAACCUUCAUUAAAACGAUUGAAGGUAGAGCAGUCUUCUCAACCUGUUGCUUCUGAAACACAAAAUUGCAAAAGCUCAGUUCUUGCUGUAAGAGAGGCACAAGCCUCGCAUGAUGCUGAGAGAAUGGAUUACAGGCCUAACGAUGUAUGUGCACCAUCGAAGCCUGAGACCUUGGAAGUGAAAGUUGAAGUUCCUGAUGUUCCUGUUCAAGCAGGACCUGGUCUCAAAGAGACAAAAUGCGGUAUCACUGAGAAUAUUCCCAAGCAAAGGCUUGUCAGUGAACCUGUUAAACAUGACAAGCCUGUUGGAUCACUGAAGCAAGAAGUUACCAAAACUGAGAAGGAAACUGUAGCACCUAAGAAAGAAAAUCUGGUGGAGUCUCCUGAACCUGCAUCAAAGUCUGGAAAACCAAAGAUAAAGGGGGUUUCGCUAACUGAAUUGUUCACUCCGGAGCAAGUAAAGGAACAUAUUCGUGGUCUUCGACAGUGGGUUGGCCAGAGUAAAGCCAAAGCAGAAAAGAAUCAGGCGAUGGAGCAUUCAAUGAGUGAGAAUUCUUGCCAAUUAUGUGCAGUGGAGAAGCUUACCUUUGAGCCACCACCUAUUUAUUGUACCCCUUGUGGUAGCCGUAUCAAGAGAAAUGCCAAUUACUACACUGUCGGAGCUGGUGACACUCGUCAUUGCUUUUGCAUUCCCUGUUAUAAUGAUUCCCGUGGAGACACCAUACUGGCGGAAGGGACAACUAUACCUAAGGCCAGACUCGAGAAAAAGAAAAAUGAUGAAGAGACUGAAGAAUGGUGGGUCCAAUGUGAUAAAUGUGAAGCCUGGCAGCAUCAAAUCUGUGCUUUGUUUAAUGGGCGACGGAAUGAUGGGGGCCAGGCUGAAUAUACCUGCCCGUAUUGCUAUAUUGCAGAGGUGGAACGCGGUGAGAGAAAGCCUUUACCUCUGAGCGCUGUUCUUGGAGCAAAAGAUCUGCCUAGCACAAUACUCAGUGACCAUAUAGAGCACCGGUUAUUUAGGAGAUUAAAGCAGGAAAGAAUGGAGAGAGCCAGGGUUCAAGGGAAAAGUUAUGAUGAGAUUCCUACUGCUGAAGCCCUUGUGGUUAGAGUUGUUUCAUCUGUUGACAAGAAGCUGGAAGUCAAAUCCCGCUUCCUUGAAAUUUUUCGGGAAGAUAAUUAUCCAACAGAAUUUCCAUACAAGUCCAAGGUAGUUCUGUUGUUCCAGAAGAUUGAAGGUGUAGAAGUCUGCUUGUUUGGAAUGUAUGUCCAAGAAUUUGGAUCUGAAUCUUCAUUCCCCAAUCAACGCCGUGUUUAUCUAUCAUAUUUGGAUUCUGUAAAGUACUUCAGACCUGACAUUAAAGCUGUUAGUGGGGAGGCUCUUCGUACUUUUGUUUACCACGAAAUUCUGAUUGGAUACCUUGAAUACUGCAAGUUGCGUGGUUUUACUAGCUGUUACAUAUGGGCUUGCCCCCCUUUGAAGGGAGAGGACUAUAUCCUAUAUUGUCAUCCCGAAAUUCAGAAGACACCAAAGUCUGACAAAUUACGAGAGUGGUACUUAGCAAUGUUAAGGAAAGCUGCAAAGGAUAGCAUUGUUGUGGAAACCACAAAUCUAUAUGAUCAUUUUUUCAUUCAAACCGGUGAAUGUAGAGCUAAGGUUACAGCGGCUAGGCUCCCAUAUUUUGAUGGUGACUACUGGCCAGGUGCCGCCGAGGAUCUUAUACACCAAAUGAGCCAAGAAGAUGAUGGCAAAAAGGGCAAUAAGAAAGGAACACUCAAGAAAACCAUCACAAAAAGGGCUCUAAAAGCAUCUGGGCAGUCUGAUCUUUCUGGAAAUGCAUCCAAGGAUGUGUUAUUAAUGCAUAAACUCGGUGAGACCAUUUACCCGAUGAAGGAAGAUUUUAUCAUGGUUCACUUGCAGCAUUGUUGCACUCAUUGUUGUGUACUGAUGGUAUCUGGAAACCGUUGGGUCUGCAGCCAGUGCAAAAAUUUCCAGAUAUGCGAUAAGUGCUAUGACUUGGAACAGAAACGCGAGGACAGAGAAAGACAUCCUAUUAAUCACAAGGAUAAACACACACUGUAUCGUGUUGAGAUUACCGGUGUUCUUGCAGAUACCAAGGACAAAGAUGAGAUACUUGAAAGCGAGUUUUUUGAUACAAGGCAAGCAUUCCUCAGUCUUUGUCAAGGAAACCAUUAUCAGUAUGAUACACUGAGGCGGGCAAAACAUUCUUCGAUGAUGGUUCUUUAUCAUUUACAUAAUCCGACUGCUCCUGCCUUUGUCAUGACUUGCGUUGUCUGUCACCUCGAUAUCGAAGCUGGUCAAGGCUGGAGAUGUGAGGUUUGCCCUGACUAUGACGUGUGUAACGUCUGUUACAACAAAGAUGGCGGAAUUAAUCAUCCUCAUAAGCUGACAAACCAUCCAUCUCUUGCUGAUCAAAACGCUCAGAACAAAGAAGCUAGGCAAUUGCGGGUCUUGCAGCUUAGGAAAAUGCUCGAUCUUCUGGUACAUGCAUCACAAUGCCGUUCCCCACUUUGCCAAUAUCCAAACUGCCGGAAAGUGAAGGGGCUAUUCAGACAUGGUAUACAAUGCAAAGUACGUGCUUCAGGAGGUUGUGUUCUUUGCAAGAAAAUGUGGUAUCUCCUGCAACUCCAUGCUCGGGCCUGCAAAGAAUCCGCCUGUCAUGUCCCUCGUUGCAGAGAUCUGAAGGAGCAUCUGAGAAGGUUACAGCAGCAAUCAGAUUCACGGCGAAGAGCUGCCGUGAUGGAGAUGAUGAGACAAAGAGCUGCAGAAGUCGCUGGGAGCUCCAGCUGAUGACAUUGGACAUAUAUCAUUUCAUUCCGGGUUGGGAUCAAAGCAAAAAAGUGAAUCUCUUCAAAAGGGUAUGUCAUGAAGAUGAUGAAGACGGUCUCAUCGAAGUCAUACUCCACGGAAAGAAGGGCGAACCCCGGCAAGUUAUACCGGAGAAAGAGGCCAGAAAACGGGAAAGCAUGCCCACGAUAACUUAGGUUACUGUUUCAACAUUCACGGGUCGGGGAGAGAUGAUGAUUUAUUCUCAAGCUAUGGAACAAAAACCAGAAUGGUUUUGGAGGAUUUCUCGCUUCGGGUGUUAUCAAAAGAAGCACAAGAGAGAGACUCAUCAUCUUCUUCUUCGCAGGUGCCAUUACUAACAAUGCAUGAUCAGGUUCCAAACUCAGUUCAGUAGCUUGAUCUGGUUGGUGAUUCUUUGAUUUAUGCAGUCUCUCUCUCUCUCUCUGGGUUUCCUUAGUGUACUGUAUUUUGUAAAAUGCUAUUUCUUUUUGGGUGGCAAGGUCAGAGGGUAUUCAACGUUACUUUUCUUGCAAGUAAAGUAAAAGAGGGAAGAUCAUUCAUCAUUUCCUUUGUGUAUUUUUUUUUAAUCUCUCAUCUCUUUAUUGCUAUUUUGGUAUAUUAUCGCAUA